CCGUGAUGCAAGUUAGUGUGCAUCAGCUUGAACGUUGUGCUUGUGGUACUAUGCCUAUGGGUAUCUCAUCAAGCCAAAGAUCCCAUGGUUUCUUUGGUUUAGAAGAUGUAGUCUAGGCCCGAAAGUUCAUGAUGAUGUUAUCAGAGGGCUAUUGCUAGAGGAGUAGGUACUAAGACUCGACUCGUCGCCAAGCCCAAGCUUUGAAAAGAUGAUGUCCGCUACUCUGCGUCGGAAUUGGAGGUAUUACCUCACGUCCAGACGUGGUGCCGCGUCCACUGUCCGACAGCAGUCCGAUGUGGCGCAACCGACGACACCAAGGGCGGCAAGUGCGACGUCUGUGUCGUUUCAGGAUGCAGCGAGUCUUCACUAUCAGACCCAUUUGCCGCAGCCGACCACUCCGCGUGCACUGGCAAACGCAGCGAAGCUGCAGUCGUCUUUUCUCAGUGGGAAAAUCGACCCGGUUUCGCAACUGCACAUGUCGACCAACGACGGUCGUGUCCACGAGGAUGUCACCGCCGCAGUGAAGGAAGAACUCCAAAGAAGUCCACGGCGUGCUGUUGAUGCUGGUGAUAGUAGAGCCGCAUCAGGAGAAAACGCUGCUGUUUCUGUAGCAGUUGAUGUCAGAAGUUCGGCAGCACCACCAACGCAGGGCAAGCUAGUCGAUGUGCGCAUCGACGGUGACCAGAUUUCACCGAGGUAAGAAGGAGAUAAAAAAAGUGCCAGAUCAUCAAAGCAGAAAUUGAAGCUCUUUAUUUUUCCGGACUUCUACUUUAGGGUUUAGGUUUUUUGUUUCUCUAUCUACAAGAAAAACAAGUUGCUCUUCGCGCGACGGACGAAUAAAUCCAUUCCCAUGACAUCACCCAACGACAGGUGCAUUCCCCAAGUGUUCGAGUUGCUCCAAGGCAAAGGCAUUCGCGUUCAGUGCGCGACGUACUAUCGACAGGGCGGCGAAUACAAGCACUGGCAAGCGAAAGUGAACGAGUGCGGUCCGUUUCCGGUACCUGUUCGGGUGCAAGUGCCGCAGAACAUCACCGGCGGUCUGCGUGACCCCGGAGACCUCGCACUGGCAAUGGACACUCUGGAGGCGGCGAUUGGCUAUCAUGGGCAGAGAAAGCAACAUCAGCAAGAUGUGCUUGUUGCCGGGAACAAGAUUUCGGAGAAACACGAAAACGACAAGCAAUCCACAGUCCCGGACGGGUUUGUCGUCGUUUCCGGGGACCUGGACUUUAUCCCGCUGUACAACAGGCUGCAAGCGAAAGACUCGCUUUGCUACGUGUUGGUUGAUUCCGCACGGCUUGGCACGCGGCGCUCGGAAGACCUGCGCAAGUGCUGCACGGAACUAUUCACGUUCAACCGCGCUGCCGCUCGACCAGAGAACCGCAAUUUUCUCAUCGAGUGUGCCGACGAUUUGCAAAGCGGUCCUGUCGUUGAAGAGACACGAGAUCAGCCCGGGGCGAUCGGCGGGGACACGGCUACGUCGCUCGCUGCGGACAACAAAGGGUUUAUUCCACCCGCAUCGAAGAACACCAAAAACCGGGUAGUCGGCCACGUAGCCGCUCAGCCAAGAUCGGACGAGUCUACCACUACAGCAAGCUGUGGUCGCUCUACCGGCACAGCUAGCACGGAGGAUUCCGCCCGUACUAGCAGAGAUCGUCGUGGGCAGGAAUUAUACCAGGGUCGUGCAGUAAAAUCCGAUGAUUCAUCCUGGACUCAGCCGUUCUUGCAGGAGCCAGCGCUCGCAACCUUGGAUGCGAGAGCAGCUGCGGUUGGGACGGUUUUGGUUCGCUUCGGAUACUUGCAGCGUUCGCACCGGGCGGAAACCGAAGUGCCGCUGACACCGACCGCCAUGGCCACGUUUUUGGAGAAUUGUGGAAUUUACACGUGGAGGAAUCUGCUCGAGAAAAGUGUCUUUACAGGAACGUCGCCGGGUGGGCACGUCAACUUAACGCCAAAGAAAGGAGCGGAACGAGAAAAGCUGGAUGUCGAGGGCAUGGUGAAUUUGUGCUUCGACAAAAUUCGCGACCUGGUACAAACCGAAAAAACUGGUGCUUUCAUAUCGAAAAAAAGCAGUGGCUGUGACCGGGUGGCGCCGCAAACACAAAUUUGCGAUGGAAUUUCAGCAUCACCCAGUGCCGGAGCCUCGCUGUCCGAAAAGAUCCGGCCCUGGUUGCGUCAGCGCGUCUACAGUGGCGCGGAAGACACAUUUCCGCUGCACGUGGAGCGUCCGUUUGAAAUCUUCACUGCGACGUUUCGUGACGCCGUGCUAGCGCGGCACGUGUUACCGACAAAGAGUGCACUCUACAUCGCGGAAAUCAUGCGUUGGCUGGGCUACUACGACGUGACGAAUGUCUCUGACAUUCGCGUGACGAACAAAAUCGUGCCUUCUUCUGGAGGGGGACGUCAAACCGAUGAGAGCCAGACCUCCCACCCUGCGAAUCCGUGUUUGAUUGAAGCUAUGGACGUUUUCAUGAUCAGAAACAAGUAUCUGCGAAAGAAGUGGAAGGCGCCGAUCGCUGCUUGGGUGCAGAGCAUCACUGAGGGGGAGGAAAUUUUGGCACGAGGCGUGGACAACGGGGAGGAGGGUGUGAUUGAGAACUGCAGUGCUGCUUCAUCGCCAGGCGCUUUUACCACGUUUGCUUCUCAACAAGUAGAACCUUCAACAGAUCCGGAGCAGCCCAGCCGCUUGAUGAAUGCGCAGCAGCAACAGAACCCGCUGAGCAGCACCCUGGAAGCGAUUUACCCCGGGUGGGCAGCUCUGGAUGGUCCGCAGAAAGCCGCGAUUCUGUGCCGCCUGGUGUCGUCGGCCAAGCGGUUUGAGACCGCACCCUACCGGUCCAGUCUGGUGGAGUUCGUCAAAGCGGGAAUUUUGCAGCAUCCGGGUUGCUCCACCGGGUUUCCGAUCAUCACGGAAACAUCACAGGGCGUUCUGACCAACGCGGAGAUGUUGCUCUACGAUCGGCAGUAUGCAUUGCAAAAAUAUCGUACUAGUAUAAAUCGCAAUACAAAUUUUUCCAGAAAGAAAAAUGGAAUUUGUAAUGCUGAUUUCGCUAAGAAACAAGAUUUGUCAUGCAUGAUUUCAAUUAGUACGAGUACGAUACUUUUGCACAGGAUAGGCAGCUGCGAUCCUGGCUGCAGCAGGUAGCAAAGCAGGAGGUUCUUGAGGCUGCUGCUGGGUCGCUUGGAAACAGCACAGAAGGGGCUGCGCGGGUCGGCAUCAUGUCUACAACCACCAAUUACCCCAGUGUUGUGCCAAGGCGAAAUUUCCGCUCCUGCGUCACGGAUGAGGAUUUUCACCUGUUUUCCAGCGCAAACUGGCAAAAUUUCUUCACCACGUUGACAGUUGCGCAUACACUCGUACGGAACCAACACAACCCACAAGUGCGAUCUUCGUUGGUAGCCGGAGGCGCUGGUGGUGGAUCUUCAUCAAGACAAGGGAGCAAUGGCGCCGCUCAACAUGGAAUUGAGUUAGGUAACCGCGCCGAUGAAAGCAACUUGAUGUACAGUAGUGGAGCGAACCUUGUUCCGAAAACGAGUAUGGUCAAGCUUUCGGGAGGGAGUAGUGUGACAAGACCUGCCGACGCAGGUGCAGGGAAGUCAGCUGGAGUUGCACCCGCGGUGCCACCACCAUCUCCGUUCCAUUCAGGUACUGUUCAGAAGCACAACAACUCUGCUUCUGCUACAGUGCCACCCAGGGUCGCGGCGCCUGUUGCAGCGCGAAGUGCGGUGGGCGGUGUGCUGAACAAAAAGACGUCUGCAACAACAUCAAGGCACCAGCCUACUACAGCUGCCAGGCCGGAUCCUUACGGCACGCCGCCUGUUGCGCUGGGUAAGAAUUCUAGAUUGCCAUCGGCGCUGGCAAAGCGACAGAAUGGACGAGGUGGGCUUUCAACGAGAAGCGACGGCUUACCUUCUUCUAGUGCAGUUGUCGACUACACAAAAGUUUCCACUAUGUCCAACAGCAUUGGCCGCACAAAUCGGCGUCCUGGUUUUUCCGCGGCUACAUCAAAUGACAGAAAGGGGCGUCGGCCGCGCCGCAUGCGCAAGCGCCCCGCAAGGGGUCCUUCGGGGCGAUCGGAUAGUCGGUGGGACAGUGAGGACUUUGAAGCGGACAGACCGAAAAGUAGACUUGAUGAAAUGUACGGGUUUUGAAAGCAGCUGCAGCACCGCUGGUUUCGCAGCGUGCUCCCCGAAAUGAACAUUUAUAGACCGACUCUACCACUCGAUGAAGAAGUCAUUCCGCGUUUCUCUUUCUUAUUUUUUCUGCGAGCUGCGAGCUGCGAGCGCGAGGUAAAACUAAGAGGAAUGAUGAAAACGGAGAAAUUACAAAAUUAGCGACAUGUUGACGGCCAUGCGACGGCGAUAGAAGUUUCACACGGCGAAACGGAACAUAGAGGCAGCUCUAGCGGUGGAACUUUCUUUGUGUUUUGGUCUAGCUGCCCUGUGAUUUCCAUAAUCUCAGAGCUUUGUCCUCGCAACUGCACCGACAAGAUUGAAG